CCGCGCCUGCCUCCGAUUGGUCGAGACGGCCUGACGCGCAGAUGCAAGAGGUUGCUAGCCAAUCGAAUUCGCCGUCAAUAGUGACGUUUUUCUUUCUUCUUUUGUGGUGGUUUGAAUAGGUUUGCAGCCGUUGCCGCCACCUACCGGAUCUUUAAAACAAACACUAGAAAAUGUUUUUUUAUGAACGUUCAAAAUUCGACACGUUGUGUAAGUAAAUGUACUAAUUUUCAUGUGGUUGUUGUAUAUUUAUGGCCAAAAAAGUGUUUUUCCCAAAAUAAUCCUGUAAUCGAGAUUUUAGAUGUGUUUCACAUAAUUGAAAUUACAAUAUUUAAAUGCAUUUACCCAAAAAAAUAAUGCAUUAUACAUUUUAAAGCAAAGAACAUUGGGAAUUGUUUUGAACCUGAAUUCAAAUGCAUUUUUAUUUACAAUGACCUCAUGUUGCUAAAAUGAUUUACCGUUUCAUGUUCAAAAUGUAAUUGAAGGAAUCAAAAUCAGGCCUGGGAAACGUAUUUAGAGCAAAUUGCAUAACAUAUCGAUCAUAAAGGAAUUUCUUUUAUAAAAUCAGCUCAUCUGCCUCACAGCUAUAGCUCAGAGGGUUCAAAGUACAAAUCUCAGCUGCGGCCUUUCUGUAUAGCGCUUGCAUGUUCUCUCCAUGUUAGGUCCACUGACAAAUCCAAAUUGCAGAUCGGAGUGAGUGUGAGGACAAACUUGGGAAAUGCUUAGAUGGCUGGAUGGUGUCCCCAUUAUGUUAUCUUGAAGCCACAAUGUGCAUGACCAUUUCCUUUGAGAAGUCUGCAUGCUGAUCAUUUCCUCUCUGCCCUAACCUACUGUACAUUCCAUCCCUGCUUGGGAGUCUUUUUAUUUCCCCUUUCCUUCUAAACAUGUACAUAUGUGUGCAUACGUUAAAGAGCAAAUGAAUGUUUCGGGUUACCAACGCAGCAGUGGUCGGCAACCUGUUAAAGAUUAAUGCUUGUUUUCUUCAUAUGUCACUUGUCAAGCCUCUCCAUUACGGCCGCCAUCAAAUCGGAGUCGAAUCAACGGAGGGCACAGGGGAAGAAAAUUUCCAUGAACCCAUUGUCGCAUUAAUAUGAAAUACUAGAAGGUAGCAGGGACUUGGCAGGGCCAUGACUGCAUGCCAAAAACUCGUGAUGCCAGCCUGACCUUGGUUCAAAGUUCACAAUUGGUACACAUUGGGUACAGUUAAGGGAACAGAAUGGUAAACUUUGUCCUGGAAGGCAAGGAAAUAUUGUGACAUGCAUUAUGCAGGGUUACACUUGACUUUGACACCCACCCACGGUCACUUUUCCUUUUUGGAAUGUGCCGUAUCCAUUCCCUGCGGGGGCCUGAGAGAUAAGCCGCGGGCGGUCUCCGUGGCGACUUCACGCAUGGCCGAUGAGCAAAAUUACAUGAGUGGAAAGUGAAAGGCUGAAGGGAGCUUUGCAUGGUGAAUUGGGGGACAGAUAGAGUUACAAUGGCAGAGAGGGAGGGGCUACUCACCUGCUGAUGAGCAAGGUGGGCGCUUCUUCAGCGCUGACCUUUUGGAAGUCAUCGGUGACGAGCCAGAUCUCUGAGAGGUGUCUUUUCAAAGUGAGCUAUGGAGAAACAGUACCCAGCUAUUGCAGGCAAAGAAAAAGGACCCGGCCCGGGGCGAUACGGACUACCGCCGACGAUUGGCUUCAUCGGCAAUGACUAUACGAAACAAACAAGCCCCGCAUACUCCUUCCACGGCAAGAUGAGUGACAACAUGUAUUGUGUUGACUGCAGUCCGGGACCUCAGUAUCACAUUGAUGCGAAGAUGACUCGCUUAGGGAGAGACGGAACACCUGCAUACUCCAUGUUGGGGAGAACUAAACUACAAAAGGAACCCUUCCACACUCCUGGACCAGGCACCUACAGCCCAGAAAAAGCCCCGCCUUGCAACCUGCAACGCCGACCCCCAUCCUACACCAUGGGCUGCCGCACGCACUACCGCACCACGGACUCCGUGCCGGCUCCCAACAAGUACACUCUCCCUCCACUAAUGGGCUCUCACAUCCCAACCAAGCCGGCCAGCGCCAGCUUGUCAAUGUCGGCUUGUUUCAACCAAGGCGGGCCGUCCGUGGAUUUAGCCAAGACGCCCGGGCCUUGCAGAUACAACUGCACACAGCCCAGCGUUUAUCUCCCCAGGCCGCCCGCUUUUUCCAUGUUGGGGCGACACGGUGGAGCUCGAGAGGGCACAAAAUUGCCCGGUCCUGGAUCUUAUAAUCCAGAACGAGUGACAGUGCACAAAGCACGGGCGCCGGCCUUCUCCAUGGGGAUUAGGCACUCUGAGUUUGUCACCCCGCUGGUCGUCAGUGUUUCUGAACAGUAGCCACAAUGGAGCCACAACUGUGCAUUAUGACACCUAAUACAGUCAUUUUUCUUCCUGCUAUUUUAGGCUCCUAUAUGACCUCUUAAUCUUCUUCAUGUUCUUAUUGAUAAAAAGAAAUAUAGAACAAA